CUUUCAACCAUAGACCAAAAUCCAAUCGGCCGUGUAGCCAACCAGCACAGCUUGUACAAAAAUCACACCCAAGAAAAUAUUUUAUUUUCCCGAGAAAGCGUUUUCCCGGGAAAACAAGGUCGGUUCGAGUCUCUCCCAACCGCCGGUUGAGCAGAUGGCGUCUCUCAGCGUUCGUUGCGGCGUAACAAACCACCCUUCGAUCCACCACCGCCUCGCCGUCGAACGGACUAAUCCAAAUCCAAAUCGCAUUGCCCCGUUCCAAUCAUCGAGAAGAGCACCACCGCGAAUCUCCGCCGCAACGACGACGGCGGAUUAUCCGAUUUCUACGUCGUGUUCUGUGAAUCAGGAGGGUUCGAAUAACAACAACGGCGCUCUGUUUUCAUCAAAUCUUGACGAGUGGAUGAGAGAUUCCGCGGCGGAGAUCGUGAAGAACCUUCGAGAAGCGCCGCUGUUCGUGCAGAUUUACGCCGCCAACAACGGCGGAGCGACGCGGUUGGAGACGGAGAAGGCGGUGGCGGAGGAUUGGCCGGUGGUGGCUCGUCGGUGGAAGGACGGAGAUACGCCAUCGCCGGACGGUCUCAUUCUCGUGGAAGAGCUCGGCGGCGGCGAUGAAGAAGAAGAGGAGGAAGAGAGGGUUACGAGGGCAUGGGGGGUUGUGGUGCAAGGAAAGGGGGUGGAAUGCGGGCCGGUUUGUUACUUGCUGAAGACGAGUAGGGUCGUCGGAUCGGGUUUGGGGUUGUGUUGUACCCAUUUUUGUUUGAUGAAAGUUCAGGGUUUCAGGGAAAGUGCUCUGUCACAGCUCACCAAUUGUUGGUUGUUGGAUUGAAUAAAUGUAUAAAGAGAGAAUUUAUUGUUUGGAAAUUGGAUUGGUACAGGAAAUUCCAAUAUGAUCUGUGAAUGUCACAACUUGACAGGUACACUUCAAUACUGAGAGAGCUUUGUUGAAACACACUACGAUUUGUUCAAAAUCUUGUUUCAUGCUUUAGUUCGUAAUAUGCAAUUUAGAAUUUUUUAGUA